UAAAAACGCUUUACCGGAUCUUGCGAAAACACUUCGACCUAAUUCUGAUUGGACCAUAUCCCACUGUUUCCCUCUCUCAGGCUUUGACGGGUGGCCACGGAUUUGCUCGAAUUUACGCAAACGCUUUAGUGAAGAUGAAGAAAUGGAUUUUAUUAAACUGCUCGGGACUGUUCUCGCCGUUUUCUGCCACCCAGGAUUUACCAAAUUGGAACUCAAUGGCCAGAGGAUCUGCCGGCGUGGAACAGAGCGACCCUGCUACAGGAUCAACUACUUCCAGGACUCACGGCGGAGGGCGACCUUCGAUGAUGCCAGGCAGGCCUGCAGGACAGAUGGGGGAGAGCUCCUCAGUAUCGAGACUGACAAUGAGCAGCGCCUGGUGGAGAGGUUCAUCCAACAGUUGCAGGCCACUGAUGGGGACUUCUGGAUCGGGCUGCACAGAAGCCCACGCCACCGGGUGACUACCAUAGGCUGCCCUUCGCAGUACUACUGGCUGGAUGGCAGCAAGGCCAGAUUCAGAAACUGGCAUUGGGACGAGCCAUCAUGUGGCAACGAGAUGUGUGUGGUGCUGUAUCACCAGCCUUCUGCCCCCCCUGACGAAGGGGGGCACUUCAUGUUCAAGUGGAACGAUGACAACUGCAACACCAAGAACAAUUUUGUCUGCAAGUACUCCGAAGAAAAGUUGCCAGUGUUUACUGUGGCGUGGAAUUCAAUAUACACAGUUGCCCCAAUUAUAUCUCUAAUGCCAAACCUACCAUCAGCUACAGUGAGUGAUGAGAAGACAAAAAUAGGACUGUCUGAAUCAUCAGUAUCUCUUUCAGAUAAUGCCCUAUUUGUCACCUACAUUCUAUUUGCCACUAUCCCUAUUAUACUGCUGCUGCUUGUGGCUACAGGAGUCUUCUGCUAUAAACGGGCCGUCAAAAGGAGAAAGUCUCAAACAGACAGCUACCCUGAGCAAGAGCAAUGGGGUACAAUGUCCACAGCGGCCUGCAACAUCCAAGUACCCUAUGCCUACCAGGACAUCACCAAGUUUCAACCAGCCAAUCUGCAGAGCAUGGCACCUGAAACAAUCAAGAAGAUGUCCUUCUGUGCCUCCUCCUCUUUUGAUUCCCAGUGUGAUGAUUAUGAGAAUGUUUCAAACAAGGAGACAGUGACAGAUAGUGGCUUUGUGACCAAUGACAUCUAUGAGGCCUGCCAAGACCAGGGUCGGCACUAUCUCAACGAGACUGGAUGGGUGGAGAAUGAGAUCUAUGAGUAAUGUUGCUGUCCUGCAGUGCCUCUCUCUUUACCACAUGUCCAUUGGGCCAUCUGGACAUCUGACUGUUGUUGUCUCCAUUCAUCUUUCAUAUCUCCUGCUGGUGGGUUGUAUGGCAUCAUGUGACAUGAGACAGGAUGGACAGAUCCUGUGUGGUAUUAUAAAGUGUUCGCUUUAGGGUACGUCCAUUAACCGUACAAAGAAGCCCCAUUUGAGGCUUCCUGUGUGGAAGCUGAUGUCAGGGAACAGGACAAUAUCUUCGGAAGCUCGGAUGACAGAAGUCUGACCCCACGAUACCUCUGAGCAAUGGUCUCCCCCGCCUGCAAGAGAUGAUCCACCAAUUAUGUUUACCAAAGCCUCCACUGUAAUGACACCAAUUUGAGCUGGCUGGAUAUAGUCUUUAAUGUGCCUUGUCAUGGCUACACCAAAGUCCUGGUUGAAUAACAGUGUGUAGCAUUAGUUUAUUUGCCUAUUCCUAUGUCUUCAUCUGAUAAACAUUGUAGGAUAAUAGUGAAGACAUCAAAACUAUGAAAUA